CUGUUAAAAACACAAAUAAAUUAUAAAAUGAAUAAUCCAGACGAAAUUAACAGACGUGUUCCGCUAUACCCAGGCUUCCCAGAAUUAGCAAGAUCUGAUGUCAGCAUAUACCCAUCAUACACAAAAUUAGGAUUGGCGUACCGCGUGGUUUGCCGCCAUCGCUACCAUUGGGCUAAAGUUGCACAGCGCAAGCAGUUUAUGAAAGAACUACACAGCUUCGAAAAAUUACAGGCCAACGCUUUAGAUGGUGUUAGAGUUCAUCGGGAAUUUUCCCAGGGUAUACUGUCACAUGUGAUACCCCCACGCAGAUACAUGCAGAAACUGACAACGGACCCUUUGACUCCUAAAGAAAGAAUGCGUGUUGAAGAGAUUAUAAGUGGAAGAAUUAAUUUUGGACAGAAAUAAACAUAUGGAAUUUUUUU